UGCCCACCAUUGAACAGCAGAGCGACACAGCGCGGCAGGCAGCUCGCUACUCGCGAUAACUCGCGUUGGGGCAGCAGCUGGGCGGAAAAGGCGGGAGAAGACUGUGCCGCUUCCGCGUCCGCGCAGAGACACAGCACUAGGGCAAAAUGGACGAUAAGUUAAUAUUGGCUGUAUUUAAUCACCCAGAGCUGUACAAUGUCACUUUGCCUAAUUACCGCUGCACGGAAAGUCGGAUAAAUGCUUGGAGAAGCAUUAGUACCGUGCUGGGUCUCCCAUCUGAGGAGUGUAAAAGAAAAUGGAAAAACAUGAGAGACAGGUACUUGAAGGAAGUCCGAAUGGAGAUCAAAAGCAAGAAGCAAGGAGAGAUUGUGCAAAGUAGAUGGAAAUAUAGACAACUUAUGAACUUUAUCGCACCCUUCACUGGAUCAAGAAGUGGCGAGGCAGAUAUCUGCGGCAGUAAUGACGAUGAUCACGACAAUCCUGACAACGAAUCUGGCAGUGCCGAGGCAGAAACCACAUUGUCUGAGGCAGUCAAGACCAAGCAGUCCGUCAUGAAGGUCCCUGUGGGUCAACCCGACCUCAAGUCCCAGGUAGCGUUUGUGACCCAGUAUCCUUCAAUGUCUCAAGAUGCACAGCUGGCCCAGCUGGCUGUUCUGGCUAAGAUGCCAUCGAGCCCACAGAUCACCCCCAUCAGCAAAACUGGACGGAAACGGCGCCUGAUGCAAGAGUCACUUUCACUGUCGUCUUCUCAAAGUACACCAUCCCCUACAAAGUGGCUGGUCAAAGACAAUGGCACCCCAUUUCCCAACAGGCCACGGGAUGAGGAUGAACUGUUUCUUCUGAGCUUUGUCCCCGCUCUGAAGAGACUUGCUCCACAGAAGAGGUGCGAGACAAAAAUAAAGAUCCAGCAGGUUAUGUAUGAAGCAGAGUUCAACGUUGCACAGCCAGGAUCUCAAGAGAAACAGCCAGAGCCAGCAACACAGGACUAGGCCAAACUGACUAUUUUUAUACUUUAUUCUGCUUCCUAAAAACCUCUUCCACAAAAUAUUUUUCUUUUUUACAGCACACAGUGGUUGAGUCUGAAGUACAUCCUUUUUUAAUGUGAAAUAAUUAACACUGAGGAAUAACUAAACAUACAACUAUUGAGCAAGUUGUUGAAUUUUGGAGUUUCUUGAUUUGCAUGUUUAUUAGAUGAGUAAGGCUUAUGAGAGAAUGAAGCCCUAACAGAUUUACACAUUAACAGGAAAACAAACAGACUAUGAUUAACAUCUUUAUUUACAUAGCUUUACUGUCAAUAGAGUGAAUUCACAUUUUGAUGGCUGGUAGGUUCAACCAGCCAUCUUCCUUUCAGCAAUAAUUCUGUAAUCUACAGUAUUUUACAUUUAAUUACAGUGACGAAGCAAAAAAGGCAUUUUAGAGAGGAACAUUUUCAUAAAUUAAUAUUUCAACUGCUUACAUGCAUCAACAUAUUUCUUUUUAAUCACAUCUAAAAUAAAGACAAUAUCUAACAUUGUUUUGAUUCCGCAAAACGUGUAUGAUUUUGAUAAUUUUUUGCCAAUGAGAAGAAUGAUUUGUAAGAUCAGGUCCAGCUGGAUAAAAACAAAAACAUUCUUAGCACAGGUGUAAAUAAUACAAUUAAUGAUUGUACUGUCGGCUUACUGGGACCCUCAAGUAGAACACCGCCAUUGUUAAUGUUCUAGUAACACCUGCGCUGUUCCUGCUACGACCACUCAAUUAGUUAAUUGUCAAUAAAAGCUAUCCUUAAAUGAUUACAUGGAUCAAAUGUAGGCUGAAAUGACCAUAUACAGCAUUAUGGGAUUGGAAGUAUGAAUGGAAAAGUUAAUGAGCACAGAGUACUGGUCUUAUUCUGUUUAGCAGUGUAUCUUUAAAUACAGUAAUAAUACCAAAACAAUACUCAAAAAGAGAGCACCGAGAAUGAUCUCUUCCACUUUGUCUCACAUGAACAACCUCCCACAUGUGACUGAUUUAAAAAAACAGAGACAGACAUGUUGUGUCAAGCGGCAUGAAGUUUAAAAUUGUUUGCUGAUGCAGAACAAGUGUGUUAAUGAGUUUAAACAUUAGGCAACCAAAGUUAUGUGCUUCACAUUAAACGUUUUUUUAUCC